UACGGCCAUGGAGAAGAAGCUGAUCGGCUGCCCUGUCUGUAUCGAGCACAAGAAGUACAGCCGAAACGCUCUGCUCUUCAACCUGGGCUUCGUGUGCGAUGCCAGAGCCAAGGCCUGUGCGCUGGAGCCCAUAGUGAAGAAGCUGGCUGGUUACCUCACCACCCUCGAGUUGGAAAGCGGCUUCAUCUCCAAUGAGGAGAGUAAACAGAAGCUGGUUCCCAUCAUGACCAUCCUGCUGGAGGAGCUGAACGCCAAAGGAAAGUGCACCCUGCCCAUAGAUGAGUCAAACACCAUCCACCUGAAGGUGAUCGAGCAGCGCCCAGACCCCCCCAUCGUGCAGGAGUACGAUGUCCCCGUCUUCACCCAAGACAAGGAUGACUUCUUCAACUCCCAGUGGGAUCUCACCACACAGCAGAUCCUGCCCUACAUCGAUGGCUUUCGGCACGUCCAGAAGAUUUCCGCAGAAGCUGACGUGGAGCUGAACUUGGUGCGCAUUGCCGUGCAAAACCUGCUAUACUACGGGGUCGUCACGCUCGUCUCCAUACUCCAGUACUCCAACGUCUACUGCACCACACCAAAGGUCCAGGACCUGGUGGAUGACAAGUGUCUCCAGGAAGAGUGUCUGUCCUACAUCACCAAACAAGGGCACAGGCGAGCCAGCCUCAGGGACGUCUUCCAGCUGUACUGCGGGCUGAGCCCCGGCACGACAGUGCGAGACCUCAUCUCCCGCUACACUCUGCAGCUCCAGAGGGUGGACGAGAG